AUGUUCUCGCGUGCGCUUCGAGUUCCGAGAACGGCCGCGCCCCUCGUGCGCGCUCGACCUGCCGCCGCUGCCAGACCGGCCACCUUCAGACCAGCCGCUUUCGGCGCCCUGCGAACCGUCACGACUGAUGCCGCCUCAGCGCACGCCGAGGCAGUCCCGGACGCCGACGACCAGCCCUUCCAGGUCACCCUGAGCGACGAGAGCUUCGAGACCUACGAAAUCGACCCCCCGGCGUACACCGUCGACGUGACCAAGAAGGAGCUGAAGCAGAUGUACUACGAUAUGGUGGUUGUCAGACAAAUGGAGAUGGCCGCCGAUCGGUUGUACAAGGAGAAGAAAAUCCGGGGUUUCUGCCACUUGUCCACCGGCCAGGAGGCCGUCGCCGUUGGUAUCGAGCACGCGCUGACGAAGGAGGACGAUGUCAUCACCGCCUACCGAUGCCACGGCUUCGCCCUCAUGCGCGGCGGUUCUAUCCGGUCGAUCAUCGGUGAGCUCCUGGGCCGACGCGAGGGCAUCGCGUACGGCAAAGGCGGCUCCAUGCACAUGUUCACAAAGGGUUUCUACGGCGGCAACGGUAUCGUCGGUGCUCAGGUUCCGGUCGGUGCCGGUCUGGCUUUCGCGCACAAGUACCUCGGCAAGAAGAACGCCGCGGUCAUCCUCUACGGUGACGGUGCCAGCAACCAGGGCCAGGUCUUCGAGGCUUUCAACAUGGCUAAGCUGUGGAACCUCCCUGCUCUCUUCGGCUGCGAAAACAACAAGUACGGUAUGGGUACUGCUGCUAACCGAUCGUCUGCUCUCACCGACUACUACAAGCGUGGUCAGUACAUCCCGGGUUUGAAGGUCAACGGCAUGGACGUCCUGGCCGUCAAGGCCGCCGUCAAGUACGGAAAGGAGUGGACCGUCGCCGAAAACGGCCCCCUCGUCCUCGAGUACGUCACAUACAGAUACGGAGGUCACUCCAUGUCCGACCCCGGCACCACCUACCGAACCAGAGAGGAGAUCCAGCGCAUGCGAUCCACCAACGACCCCAUCGCCGGCCUGAAGCAGAAGAUCCUCGAGUGGUCGGUGUGCAAGGAGGACGAGCUGAAAUCCAUCGACAAGGAGGCCCGCAAGCACGUCAACGAGGAGGUCGCCAUCGCCGAGGCCAUGGCCGUGCCCGAGGCCACCCCCCAGAUCCUCUACGAGGAUAUCUACGUCAGGGGAACGGAGCCGCAGUUCAUGCGCGGCCGCACGCCUGAGGAGAACUACUACUACAAGGCUUGA